ACUGAUACUACAUGGACCUUAAAGUUAUUUUAGCAUACCUCAGGGGUAUAAGUGUAAUUUACCCUAUAUUAAAUGUAAUCCAAUUUGACCAUUCAUACCAUCAAUAUUUAAAUAGAGACAAAUGUAAAAUGAGACCAAUUAUUGGUGCAAUAAUAUUUUGUCACUAUAUAUCCUAUAUCCCACCCCUAACCUUUUAUAUAUAUAUAAAUUACCUCAUUAAUUUGCAGAGAAUCCAAUCCCACAAAUAUAGCAAAUUAAAUGGGGAGCAACAACAAUAUUUGGAAUGAUGAAGAACUCCAAGAAGAAGAUGUUCUCUGGGGGGCAAAUAGCAAUUUCGGAGAAAUUAAGGAAUAUUCCGCGAAUCAAUCCCGGGCCAAAACGACGAAGAUGCCGAAAUCCAACAUAAGAAAGCAAUACAAUCAUUCCGGAGUUAUUAAUCCACAUAGUUCGUCGUCGGCCCCCGUGGAAGCGCGGCCCGAUUGGUCGAAAGUAUACGGUACAUUUUCGACGCAAAAGACGAACUAUUAUUCGUCGGAGUUAAGCGACGACGAUGACGAUGACGAAGAAGGGAUUAAUAGUGGUAAUGCGGUCCCGCCGCACGAGUGGCUUGCGAGGAAACUCGCGAGGAAUCGGAUAUCGUCGGCUUCGGUUUGUGAAGGUGCUGGAAGAACACUUAAAGGGAGAGAUUUGAGCAGGGUGAGAAAUGCUGUCUUGACCAAGACAGGUUUUCUUGAAUCAAAAUCCAAUAGCCAAUAUUAAUUAGCUUUUAAUUAUUUUUUUUUGUUUUAAUUUUAGUAGUAAUUAAUGUAAUAUAUAUGUACAUUAAUAUUAGUGUGGUUGUUUUUUUGUAUAUUAUGUAGUUAUGAUGCUCUCCAUGCAAUAAUGGUGUUUUUGUAAGAUUGUUUUGAUUCCCAUUUCUGCUUGUAUAGUGUGGCUUAGGAAUUUAAUAUUUUUGUAAUAUUUGAUUAUUUUCAUACGAAGUAAGUAAAUAAAUAAAUAAAUUAUAAA